GUUUGCUCCCGGCCGCGGGUCCCCGACGAACUGGAAGUCCCGGCAGCGGGGGCGGGAGCCAGAGCACUGCGGUGGUCCCAGGCUGCACCCAUGGCAGAAGGAGAGCAGAAACCCCAUGAAGUGGUGAAGUUCCUGGAUGUCUACCAGCGCAGCUACUGCCGUCCAAUAGAGACCCUGGUGGACAUCUUCCAGGAGUAUCCAGAUGAGAUCGAGUUCAUCUUCAAGCCGUCCUGUGUGCCCCUGAUGCGGUGUGGGGGCUGCUGUAACGACGAGGGCCUGGAGUGCGUGCCCACCCAGGAGUUCAACAUCACCAUGCAGAUUAUGCGGAUCAAACCUCACCAAGGCCAGCACAUAGGAGAGAUGAGCUUCCUACAGCACAGCAAGUGUGAAUGCAGACCAAAGAAAGAUAAAGCAAGGCAAGAAAAAAAAUCAGUUCCAGGAAAGGGAAAGGGGCAAAAACGAAAGCGCAAGAAAUCCCGGUAUAAGCCCUGGAGCGUUCCCUGUGGGCCUUGCUCAGAGCGGAGAAAACAUUUGUUUGUACAAGAUCCGCAGACGUGUAAAUGUUCCUGCAAAAACACAGACUCGCGUUGCAAGGCGAGGCAGCUUGAGUUAAACGAACGUACUUGCAGAUGUGACAAGCCAAGGCGGUGAGCCAGGCUGGAGGAAGGAACCUGCCUCAGAGUUUCGGGAACCAGACCUCUCACCAAGAAAGACUGAUACAGAAUGACUGAGACUAACCACGCCGCCACCACACCAUCGCCAUCAACAGAAGUCCUUAAUCCAGAAACCUGAAAUGAAGGAAGAGGAGACUGCGCAGAGCACUUUGGGUCCGGAGGGCGAGACUCCGGCGGAAGCAUUCCCGGGCGGGUGACCAAGCACGGUCCCACUUGGAAUUGGAUUUGUCAUUUUAUUUUUCUUGCUGCUAAAUCACCGAGCCCGGAAGAUUAGAGAGUUUUAUUUCUGGGAUUCCUGUAGACACACCUACCCACAUACAU